CCCUGCUGAUAAACCAAACCAAAAUCUUAAAACCCUAGUUUCAUCCGCGCCGAAUUUCAUCACAUCACAAUAGUAAUAAUAAUAAUCUGUAAUAUCAAUGGAUAUCGACGGAGAUGAUGCUACGAAAAGUGUUCAAGUACGAUUCGUUACAAAGCUCAAACCGCCGUACAUAGCUCCGACGACUUCCAUUGCUCUUCCGUCCAACCUCACCAGAUUGGGCCUUUCUGCUGUUGUUAAUAAUCUCCUUCAAUCAGGAAAUGAUGAAUGGAAAGCUGAACCGUUUGAUUUUCUAAUUGAUAAUGAGCUGGUUAGGAUGUCACUUGAAGCCUUUCUUCUUGCCAAGGGCAUUUCAGCUGAGAAAAUUCUUGAGAUUGAGUACAUCAAAGCUGUAGCACCACGUAAGGAAGACGAUCCUUCAUUACAUGAUGAUUGGGUCAGUUCAGUCGACGGUUCAACUCAGGUCAUUUUGACAGGCUGCUAUGAUGGAUUAGGAAGGAUAUGGAAAGCUGCCGGGGUUUGUACACAUAUUUUGGAGGGGCACAGCGAUGCACUUACAUCAGUUGGUGUUGUGAAAGGAAUAGAUAGCGAGAACAAGUCCAAUCUUGUAGUAGCGACUGGUUCAAAAGAUAAGACUGUGAAACUCUGGAAGGUUGAUGCAGCGGCCCUAGAGGAGAACUUGAAGAUUAGAGCGUAUAGAACUCUGUGUGGGCAUACCGCUUCUGUGCAAAGUCUUGCAGCACAUCCUACUGGGGAUAUGGUAUGUUCUGGCUCUUGGGAUUGUAGAAUCAAUUUGUGGCAGACAGAGUCUAAUGAAGGUGAUGUUGUGUCAACGAAGAAAAGGAAAAAAGGCAAUAAGGAAGAAGAAUCUCAAUCAGAGGGAGAGGCUGUUUCUACAUUUGUGGGACAUACACAAUGCGUAUCUUCAGUUGUUUGGCCUGAACCUGGAACUAUCUAUUCUGCAUCAUGGGAUCAUUCCAUCAGAAGAUGGGAUGUGGAGACGGGAAAAGAUACAUUGAACAUGUUUUGUGGGAAAGUAAUAAACUGCAUUGAUGUUGGAGGUGAAAGUUCUGCGCUCAUUGCAGGUGGUGGCUCUGAUCCUAUUCUUAGGAUCUGGGAUCCUCGUAAACCAGGAACUCUUGCUCCUAGCUUCCAGUUCUCUUCUCACACUUCCUGGAUAACGGCAUGCAAGUGGCACAAAAGGUCAUGGUUUCAUUUGCUUUCUGCAUCUUACGAUGGGAAGGUCAUGCUAUGGGACUUGAGAACUGCGUGGCCAUUGGCUAUAAUCGAUUCACACGAGGAUAAGGUACUAUGUGCCGACUGGUGGAACGGAGAUAGUGUGGUAAGUGGAGGGGCAGAUUCAAAGCUACGGAUAUCUUCUGAAACCUGUAUUCCAUGAGCAUGAAGGAAGACUAAUGCUGGUUACUGAAAAUGAGUCGGCAGUGUAUUAUUUAGACAGAAAUGAGACCGGGGCUGAAAAUUCUCAAAGUCUUCUAUGUUUGUCUCAGUGUUGUCAAAGAGGUUUGUAAUCCAAUCACUAUACCAUUUCCAAGGAUGCAUAAUCUGUAGUUGAUGACCGUACUUAUCUAUGCUUUAUUGCUCCGUGGAAAAUAACAAUGUUUAGUA